UGACGUUAUCGUUUCAGCUAGGCGCUAAGCCUUGAUCACGCCCGAUCCCUGCUAUCACAUGAGUACAAAGGAGGAGAAGCCGACACUUGCUGGUGUUAACGUCAAGACCCGCAAGCGAAAUAUCGUCAUUCCUGAGGAUCCUGGCUCCUUUGCUGAUGCGGUAGUGACGCUUUGCCAGGAUGCGGCAGACGGCGUGAGCCUUGAAGCCGAUCUCGAAGCCGCCGCGAAGGCACUUGAUGGCGCGGAGCUUGAGUACUCCCGCUAUGGGGAUAUUCUGUUCCAAGUUUUUUUCGCGGGUGGGCGCCUGGGGACUGGCGCACAACUGGCGGCGGAGGACAAGAUGCGACUGAGCACCCACAUCUUGGCUUGCGAACCCACGCGGGAGGCUAUUAACCCCUACUUCAAGCUCUUCCAGACUCUAACCCGGCGCCGUCCGUUUCUCAUUCGUGGUUUGGAGAACACGCUUGUGAAGCUGUUGCUGUCACUGGAAUUCUUCGACGAGGUUGGCCGCAAGAAGCUGGGCAUUGCCCUAGCUUUGACUUUCUCCUGGAAAAUUGGCGUAGUCCCGCCAAACAUCUUUGCGGCUCUCCUAAAUGAUCGGCUGGUGGCGAAGGGCACAGUCCUGGAGGUCAUGACGGUCUUUUUCCAGGAGUUCCUCGUAAAGGACUCGCUGGAUGACCUGGUGUCAAUCCUAUCGAAGGCCAACAUUGCCAAUCGCCUGGUGGACUUUGCGCCGCCCAACAAGCGUGCACAAGCCGACUUUCAUCAGCUGCUACGGGGCGCGGGUUUGGGCGCUUUGGUGGACUGGGAUGUGCAGCGUGAAAUCGACCUACGGGUCACGGAGCUGCAGGAGGCUCUAACGGAGGCCAUCACUGCAGACCCUCCUAUCGCGGUGGCGGAGGUGCUCACGAUUGCAAAGAACAAGAGAGGUGAGAACAACCUUCCGGACGCCGAGGUCCUGCGGGUGAGCUGGCUGGCGCUCAUGAAGUCAAUCAACCUGACGGGCAAGAACCAGCAGCAGAUCACGCAGUCGGUGAUGCAGAAGCUUAAGACUUACGGCAAGCUGUUUUCGGCUUUCGCGACCAACGCCAAGGCGGAGUUGGCGCUUAUUAACACCAUCCAGGUCUUCUGUUAUGAGGACACUCGCAUGCUGAAAUGCUUUACCGACAUUGUUAAGCUUUUGUACAACGCGGAGAUUGUUGGCGAGGACACUAUUCAGCACUGGCACAAGAAGGGCAGCCACGCCAAGGGCCGCGCCGUGUUUCUGAAGGAUAUCGAGCCCUUCAUGAAGUGGCUCGAGGAGGCUGAGGAGGAAGAUGACUAGAUAGCAGGAUUGCAUAGCAUGCACGUAUAGAGAGCAGCCCUGGCAUGGCGGCUGCUACUGUUAAGGUAUUACGAAUAGCCCUCGGACGCAGCUGAUGAGAUGACGCCCACUGGUGCGGAAGCCGUGGGCUGAUGGUGGGGGCCUUUCCGCGUCGGGCAUUCUAGGGAUUGUCCAACAUACAGAUGGGGGAAUGGCAAUGCAAGUAUAGGUUUUAGUUUUCAGUUAAGCGUAUGGCGCAGGGACCCAGCGAGCUCCUCUUGCGUCCUUCGUUUUUCGGUAGCGUCACGGUCGGGAACGUGGCCUAAGCAUAAAUGAGUCGCCGUGAUUUUGUGCUAUCAUCGGACAAGUGGGCCCUCCCAUGUACGGCUUUCAAAUUCAGGUAGCUCAUUGGCUCCACCUGAAUGUGCAUCUGUAAGCUCGCAGCUCCAAUGCGGACAGUAAUGCGCCAUGUAGCCGGGAUGAAGGUCUUUUGAGUGGCGACAUUAGGCCUUGAUCCGUUGGGGCCUCGUGCUCGUCCGCGUGAGUGACACAAUCACCUGGAAGAGUGCCAUGAUUAUUUAGACGACUUGGAUGGCUGCGGUUGGUAGUCGGACCGCCAGUAACAUUACGCAGGAAUACAGGACCAGGUAAAUAUUCCAAGCG